CCGGGGAGUGUGCGGCAGCUGUAGGUGCGGCCAUGGCGGAUUCCACGCAGAACGGGCCCAUGCAAGGCGGGGCCGGCGGCGGAGCUGUGCAAUUUCUGAUGGCUAACAAGUUGGAUACAGCCAUGUGGAUUUCUCGCUUGUUCACAGUUUACUGCUCAGCUUUAUUUGUCCUGCCUCUUCUAGGGUUGCAUGAAGCAGCAAGCUUUUAUCAGCGCGCCUUGCUGGCAAAUGCUCUUACUAGUGCCCUCCGACUACACCAAAGGCUACCGCACUUUCAGCUUAGUAGGGCUUUUCUGGCCCAGGCUUUGCUGGAGGACAGCUGCCACUACCUGUUGUACUCUCUUAUCUUUGUGAAUUCCUACCCUGUUACAAUGAGUAUUUUUCCAGUUCUGCUGUUCUCUUUACUUCAUGCUGCCACAUAUACAAAGAAGGUUCUUGAUGCACGAAGUUCAAAUAGUCUGCCAUUUCUGAGAAAUCUUUUAGAGAAACUGAGUGCUAAUCAACAGAAUAUUCUAAAAUUCAUUGCUUGCAAUGAAAUUUUCCUGAUGCCAGCUACAGUUUUCAUGCUCUUCAGUGGGCAAGGGAGUCUGCUCCAGCCAUUCAUUUACUAUAGAUUUCUUACAUUACGCUACUCCUCUCGGCGAAAUCCAUACUGUCGGACUCUCUUCACCGAGCUGAGGAUUGUUGUUGAACACUUAAUAAUGAAGCCCUCAUGCCCUGUUUUUGUAAGAAGACUGUGCCUCAGCAGCAUUUCCUUUAUAAGCAGAUUGGCACCAACUGUUGCAUAGCCAAAUUUCAGGCACUUGUGUUUUGUGAACAUUAUGAGCAGCUGGCACUUCUGCUGAUGAUUAUAAAUUCCUGGUUUUACACUGAUCUCACUCCAGGCUGUAUAAAAAUGUGUAUAUGCUUUUCUUGGAGAUAAUAGGAAAUUUAGCAUAUCAAAAGCAAGUCAUGGAAACUUAAAGUUACUGUGCUGUAUUGCUAAUCAGUGGGGAAAAAAAAAGGUAGCUGCAUCCUAUCUAAAACAUGCCCAGUCAUACAGAAUCAUUUUUUUAGGAAUCAAGGAUUGUUUGAGGUUGAUUAAAACUUUUAAGAAAUCUGUGCUCAGUAGAUUUAUGUUAGUUGGAACUAUCGCUACUGUAGGAUGGCUCCAGUGGAUAGCAGUUGGUACACGUACCUAUGCAGUACACUUUGGACAGUAUUCUUCUGCUUACUAAAUGUUUUUGUAGAACCAUUUUGUCUAAAUUACUGUACACAAUGCGAAAAAUAUGGCCCAUGUUGAAUUUAACAAAAGGGAUUAAAAUCUAUCCAGUUGACAUGGUUAAUGGCUUUUCUGAAGGAGAGGGUGUUCUUACUAAUAUUGCUUAAAAAGAACUCUUCCAAGUUUCUACCUUGUGAUGUAGUCUUACAUUAUGUUGUUGGAAGAAAUCUCAAGACUCUGAUCAUGGGAAAACUCUGUGCAGCUAUCUUGUCAUAACAAGAUGUUUUACCAAGCCAAAUUGCUGACCUGUAGGCUUUUCAGACAAAGAUGCAAUGCUUAAACUUUUAACCAUCUCUUAAGUGAACUGAUCAAUGUAAAUGAAGUAACUUUUGCAGAAUCAUUGCAGAUUUGUUCUUGUGUCUACACAAAUGUGAGACUGCAGUAAUUCAAGCAUGUCAGCUUUUUAGAAAAUUAAUCUGUAGCUAGCUCUAUAUAAAUUGUUCUUCCAGUUUCUGAGACUCUUAUUGUGAUGGGAAAAUAGCAUAAAGGAUUGCACCUGUUCAGGCAGCUUCUUGAAACAAAUGGCUGUAGCAUUUUUCUGGCAUGAAUCCAUCUGAUAGCUGAUCUGAAGUUGGUGUCAUGACUACAGAAGUGAGUAUUAAAUUGAGUGCUGAUUACACAUUCACCCAGCAGCUGAAGGGUAGGUUGUGGAAAAAGAAUGUUAUCUGUCUGAACAUAACUUCUUUCCGUAAAUUCAAGGCAAAGUAUUUGCCUAAUCUUCUGUAGUUAAUGUUAGCAUUCUACUUGCAUAAAAUUAAAUGAAUUUCUUCAGCCUUUUGUAAACUUCUGUAGCACUGUACUAAACUAUUCUUCCUUGGUCAGAGAAAUCUUCUGUGAACCACUUUUGAAAACAGUCUUGAAGCAAAGUAUUCUCCUGUAACCAUUGAGCUGUCUUGUUUGUGAUGUAGAUGUCAUUCAGACUUUCCAGUUGUAGUAGCUUGUUAGAUCAGAGUCAUGUAUUUAUAAACUUAUUUCAUUUUUUGCUCAACCUCUUGGUACUGAUGAACCGAUGGGUAAUUUAAUAUGAUACUCUUUGACUACUUGUCUUGCUCUCUGAACAUGAUUAGCUAUUUAUAGAACACUUGUGCACUGCAGAAGCAACUGCAUGCAGUAAUGGUCUACAGCUGCUAAAGACUUGCAAUGAGAUUAUCUAUAUGUAUAUCCUGUAAUUUGAGGAUUUUAUAAAAACUAAAUUUCUACUGCAAUAAAAGGAGUGCUAAAUA